AUGGCUUCCACAGCCACCGACACGCACACAAACGGCCAUACCAAUACCCCUGUCCACGAGCACGUCCUGCGUCCUCGCCCGAGGAAGGCGGUCCACUCGCAACUGAGCACCGUCAGCAAUGUCUCUGAGACGUCUUCCACUGGCGAUGCCAGCAGUUACAGGAGCGCCCUCGCCGAGAGCGGCAUGACCAGUGGUCGCUCCACGCCCGUCCCCGCCGAUGCGCCCCCCUCUGUCAAGUCCAUCUCCUCCGCAAAGAAGACUGCCCGUGCCGAACAGCGCCGUCGCAUUUUCCCGACCAUCGAGUAUGCCAGCCGCGUCUCGCACUUUGACCCCAACUCCGACUACCGCGACUUCCAUGGCUUCUUCAACCUCUUCUGGAUCGGCCUUGCCAUCAUGGCCAUCACGACAAUGCUGCGCAACAUCAAGGACACUGGCCACCCCAUGCGCGUCCAGAUCUGGUACCUCUUCACCAUCAAAACGUGGCACCUCGCCAUUGCCGACUUUCUCAUGGUCGCCACCACCGCCGUCUCCGUGCUGAUGCACCGCGUCUUCCGCGCCGCCCCCGCCAACGGGCCCCUCACCUGGAAGACGGGCGGCAUGGCCAUCCAGAGCCUCUACCAGGUCGGCUGGCUCGCCGUCUGGGUUGCCGUGCCCUUCUGGCUCGAGUGGACCUGGACGGCCCAGGUCUUCUUCCUGCUGCACACCAUGGUUCUGCUCAUGAAGAUGCACAGCUGGGCCUUCUACAACGGGCACCUCUGCGAGACGGAGAAACGGCUGCGCGCGCUCGACAACCCCUCUGGCGCCAACCGCGACCCCGCUUACCUCUAUCCGACGUCCGAGGACCCCUUGCGCGAUCAGGCACCCAAGAGCCCCAAGCAGGCCAAGCCCUCCGAGAAGCACGACGACACCAACGGCAGCUCCAAGAAGCGGACCGCCAGCAGUGGCAGCAGCGAGCUCAAGCCAGCCGAUGCUCUCCUCAGGACGGGAGGUCAUGAGAGCGACGAGGAGGUCUCGGACCUGCGCGAGGAUCUGGCCCGGGAGCUGACCUCGCCCAUGGGCAACAUUGCCUACCCGCGCAACCUGACGUGGGCCAACUACCUCGACUACCUCCUGUGUCCGACCCUGUGCUACGAGCUCGAGUACCCGCGCGCCCCAAACCGCGACUGGACCUCGCUCAUCUCCAAGAUUGUUGCCGUCUUUGGCUGCAUCUUCCUCUUGACCAUCAUCUCGGAAGAAUUCAUCCUGCCCAUUCUCAUCGAGUCCUCGCUCCGUCUCAACCCGCCCAUGGCGCCUGGCAUCCUCCCGCCGUCGGCCACCGAGCGCCUCCUCAUCCUUGCCGAGACGGUCUCCUGGCUCCUCUUCCCGUUUAUGCUCACCUUCCUCCUCGUCUUCCUCGUCAUCUUUGAGUAUGCUCUCGGCGCCUGUGCCGAGAUGACGCGCUUUGGUGACCGCCAGUUCUACAACGACUGGUGGAACUCGACCGACUGGAUGGAGUUCUCGCGCGAGUGGAACAUUCCCGUCUACUCCUUCCUGCGCCGUCACGUCUACAGCGCCUCGCGCCCGCACAUUGGCCGCAUGCGCGCCACCGUCAUCACGUUCCUCAUCUCCGCCAUCGGCCACGAGAUUGUCAUGGCCUGCAUCACCAAGAAGCUGCGCGGCUACGGCUUUGUCUGCCAGAUGCUCCAGCUGCCCAUUGUCAUGCUGCAGCGCACCAAGCUCGUGCGCGGCAAGAAGACGCUCAACAAUGUCAUGUUUUGGGUCUCCAUGGUGAUGGGGUUGAGCAUGAUCUGCUCCCUCUAUGUUCUUGUAUGA